ACAGAUUUAAUGUGUCAUCCAGUGAAGAAGUUCCUACAAUAGCCCUCACUCAGCAAUGCACUGAAGAUCAUGCCAGCCUCAUUUAAUGUAGCCACAUGUCUGGAGUGAGACUUACCACAGCAAAACGUGUGUUAGCAUCAGCCAGUGACAGCAAUAAAACUACAGAAGUAGAUGUUGAAUAGCGAAAGGUACUCUGUAGUACAUAGGGAUGCCUAAUAAAAUAAAGAAAUAACACUAAACUCUUAAGUUUGUGACAUGAGGUGUCAGAAAGCAGCCACUACCUAUAGAAUUGCAAUUAUGUUUCAGAGAGAAAAUUUAGAAUAGAGAGAAAGGAGGUAAUAGCAAAAAUGAAGAGAGUUGAACAUUUCAAAGACAGGCACUGUAGUGACCUAAUUGUGCUGGAAUCUACAAUGUAAAAAAAGCAGUUUGAAUGAAAACAAGAUCAUAUGAUUAUGGUGCCCAAAGGUACCUCCCCCCAUCCUGCAGGAACACAGAUAAGGGCUGCAGCCGAGUCAACACAAGGAGAGGGUGAUUACAGUGGAAGUUUAACCAUGGCUGCAAGGCAGAAUUUUCAAUGCCUGGAGGACAAUCUCCUGUGUCCCAUCUGUCUGGAGGUCUUCAAGCAGCCCUUGAUGCUGCAAUGUGGUCACAGCUAUUGUAAGAAUUGCAUCCACUCCCUUUCUGGAAAUCUGGCCAGUUGUUUCACUUGUCCUGUGUGUCGAAAGGCUGUGGACAGCAGAAGCUCCUCUCCCAAUGUCUCUCUGGCUCGUGUCAUUGACACCCUGAUGGUAAUGAAUGGGUCCAGCAGUGAUCAGGAAACCUGCAGGGAUCAUCACAACCCAUUGAGCCUGUACUGUGAGAACGACCAGCAGAUAAUAUGUGGGCUCUGUGGAAUCAUCGGACAGCACAAGCAACAUAAAAUAACACCACUCUCAAGUGUGUAUGAGAGAAUGAAGGAACAACUUGCUUUGCACAUAACAGGAGUUCAGACCCAAAAGAACAGCAUGGAGGGGCAAAUGAACAAGCUGAUACACAACAAGACACGUAUCAUUAAUGAAUCUGACGUCUUUAAAUUGGUGAUUCAGAAGGAAUUCCAGGAACUCAGGAGUUUUGUUGAUGAUGAAGAGGCCAAUAUCAUCGAGACCAUACAAUUAAAAUGUACUUCUGCCAUUGAAUCAAUUGAUAAACAGUUGGAAGAGAUGUCCAAAUCUUUAAAGCAGUUUGCUGAAGCUGAGGCUUCAUUGAAGAAACUAAGCAAUGAAAAUCACUUAGAUUUCAUACAAAAGUACAGUUCAAUUGUCUCAAGUUGCAAACUGGUGACACAACCACAGUCCAACAAAGCAAUCAGCACCAUCUCCUUCAAACCAGGCUUUAGAGAUGAUGAUAUCAAACUGACCGUCUGGAAAAAACUGCAAAAGAGGAUUUUACCAGACCCAGAGGAAUUAAAAUUGGAUCCCAGCACUGCGCACCCACUUCUAAUCAUAACCAAUGGAAGCACCAGGGUAGAAUGUGGAACAUACCUCAAGCGCUUGUCAUUAGUACAGGAACGAUUUGACUACAAUACCUGCAUCCUCGCCAACAAAGGCUUUUCCUCAGGCAAGCACUACUGGCAAGUGAUUGUCAACGAGAAGAUGAAGUGGCGUCUUGGUGUCAUCAAAGGAACUACAGGCCGCAAAGGAAAGCUGAAUAAGACUCCCGAGAAUGGAGUCUGGAUGAUCGGAGUGAAGGAAGGAAAGAUUUAUGAGGCAUACAAGAAUCCCAAAGUCCAACUUACACUCUUUGUGAGGCCACGGAAGAUUGGCAUCUUCCUGGAUUAUGAAGGAAAGCGUCUCUCCUUCUACAAUGUGGAUAAUCCUGAUGAGCUGAGCUUGAUCUAUACGUUCGAUGCAGACUUUCAAGGGAAGAUUUAUCCAAUUUUUGACCUUUGUUGCAUGGACAGAAGUGACUUAGCCCCUAUCACACUUUGUCGUGUAUAAACAAUCCCAACCUCACAGCAAGGUGCAUCAUGGGUCGCAUGUAACUUUAUGAUAAAAAUUAUUUUUAAUCAACUCUAGGGCAGGUUGGACUUGAACUCAGACUUUCGAGCUCAGAGGCAGUGAUCCUGGAUACUCUGAACUUUCUUUAUGAUAACAUGACAGCUGCUUUCAUGUCAUAGUUACUGCUACCUGAUUUUGUCACAUGUCGUGCCCAAUGAAAGGCAGUAUUUAAUUCUUGAGAGCCUCCUUUUCAAACUAUUAGCACAGUUGCUAUGUUUAACUGUAAACUGAUCUAUGUUUUAUUGGGCCUGUACCUUUAAGUUUACUGAUCUGUGUGGGGUGAUUGUAAUAAAGUGUUCAAAAGCUCAGAGAAUGCUAGUGACAAAGAGAACAAAUAACUGUUGGCAAAUUUCUCCCUUAAGGUGAAAAGAACUAAGAAGGGUUUGGUUUUCUAUUUUUCAGAUUGUUUCAAUUUGUAACAAAGAAUUGUUUGUAUCACUAAGACUGUUUUCUGUUUUUAAUUAAAUCUGGAUGUAACGUG